AUGGCUGAGACGACGCCCUUACUCAACAAUGGCAAGCGCCCAGCGCAGGCGUCCCAGAGCCUCUUCUCACCAGCAAACAGGGUGUUGGUGGCAGGUUUUGUUAUAUCCAUUGCCCUGAGUUUCACCCAGGUCCCAAUUCUCUACGUCUUCCGCUUAAUGGAAUGUGAUGAGUUUUAUCGUAACAACCCACCAUUCAACGGCCCCGGAGACCGAUGCAGUCGCACCGAAAUUGAUGCUGGAACUGCGGCGCAGGUAUCGCUAUUAGGUAUUCUAACGACCGUCUUCGGUACCUUGAACUUGUUCGUCGCUGGCUGGCAAAUCAAAAGAUGGGGGCCACGGACUGCUUUGGUACUGCAGACAUUCUUUCCGGCUAUUCGACAAGUCGUUCAAAUUAUUGGCGUCACAGUUGGUGCCCGAAGUGGCAUCAUUAUCACACAAUCCAGCCAGCUUGUUGGGCUGGUUGGUGGAGUAUCCGGGUACUUACUGGUACUAAAUACAGCAGCUGGGGAGGUCGUUGCGCCCUCUGACCGAACAGCGACAUUUGGCAGGCUGCAAGGGAGCGUCAUGCUCGGGACUGCCAUCGGUUACCUGCUUGGCGGUCUCAUUGCUGAUGAAUUUGGAAUUCGACGACCCUUCGAGAUUUCCAUGGUCCUCUUUCUGGCGAGCAGCAUAUAUGGAGCACUCUUCGUACCAUACAUUGACCCCAAGACCCUCGCCGAUGGAGAUACCAGGUCCAAGGGUAUCAAGUCUGUCUUCCGCCCAUUGAAAGUCCUCGUCCCACAAAAGUUACGAUUGCCCGACGGACGACCCUUCAGAUACUAUGGAGUUACUUUCCUGGUCCUUGGAGUAUUCAUGGGGGUCCUGGCCACUGGUUUCGCCCCAGUCCUGAUCCAGAUGUAUGCCACAGCAGCAUUUGGCUUCCACCCUACGGAUAAUGGCUAUCUGAUGGCUACGAACUCUCUAAUCCGUGGUGUUUUCUUGAUUUUUGUCUUCCCGACAAUCAUUUCAUCAGGGCGGAAGUGGUAUACUUCAGGCAGAGUGGUGGACACGUCAACGAAUCCCAGCCAGCCAUUGCCCACAGAGCCCAGCGACUUUGAUCCUGCCCCUGGAGGUCUCAUGGCCGAGCAAGAGCCAAUAAUGCCACCAGAGCCUGUUGAGGAUGAAGACGGCCGGGCCUUUGAUUUAUUCUUCCUCCGCUGGAGUUUGGUUGCAGAUGGACUUGUCACUGCUUAUACCGCAUCUGCUACGGCCGGAUGGCAUAUCUAUAUCGCCGGCUUUCUACUGCCUUUGGCAUCAGGUUCUGCCCCGGCAAGCAAAGGAGUCAUCACUGAAAUGUGCCCGCCCUCCGAGCGUGCGAAUGCAUUGCAAGCCAUGACUCUUGCGGAGAACGUGGCCAUGCUGUCAACACUUGGUCUGUUCGGGUUCAUAUUUUCUGUCUUCUCAGAUAUCGGAAAGGCAUAUUUGACCUUCUACUGCAAUGCUUCCGUUGCCCUUGUCGCGGUUAUCAUUCUCCUCUUCUCACACCCACCGCCACCCAAGAGUGUAUUGGAUGAAACGAUCUCUGCAGUGCCUGAAAAUUAG